AUGGAACGACGCGAAACGUACACGACACAACAGCCCGACGGGACGUACGUGACGACGACGACGCGAGAAAAGACCAAGUACAAGGAGCAGAGUGUGUGGUCGUGUGCUCGCGGUCCCACUGACAAGUACUACUGUAUGGGACCGCACGGCAUUCUCAGGAUCGCCCAGAUUGUGAGUUUUUGUGGUGGUUUCAGUGCGAUUAAAUGUUGUUUCAGUUCCUGUGCGUCGUGAUUGUCUGUCUGAUCACCUCGGUCUUCGGUCCGGGACCGUUCAAAGGAGUUCUGUUCGGUCAGACGGUGCUUCUGGCGGCGGCAAGCGUUGCGAUGCUGCUCACUUUCAUCUUCCUCAUCGCCUACUUCUUUACCCUCCACCUCACACAUCUCGACUUCUUCUGCUGGAAAGAGGCCGAUCUCCUGUUCAACGCCGUCUGUGCCAUCCUUUUUGCGAUUCUCUCGAUUGUGGAGGCGUACUACUCGACCGGAAGUUGGUCGAAUAACUGCAACGACAUCGGAUCUGACGGAAUCAUUCACAACGGAUGCCGUAUUAUCUACGAAUGGGCGUUUGCUUCGGUAAGAUCAAAGUUCUUCACAAUGGAAUGAUUCAGCUGCAUCUUUCAGUUCCUCACGUUCAUUCUGGCGGUGCUUUACGCAUUGUCGGCCUUCAUUUCCUAUCAGAACCGUCAUUCGUUGCACAUCACGUCAAGAGAAGAACUGUACUGA